AUGCGCCUCUUGACCCACAACAUGCUCACGUGCAACAUCAAGGCGUGCGUCGCGACCGCCCGCAUUGACCCGAACGCGCCGCCGGCCAACUUUCCGCUGCGCAUUGACGCCGCCGAGAAUGGCAUUGCCGUGUCCGAGACGCAGUACUCGAAGGACUUUAUGUGCCACAUCUUCAAGUCGAUCGACUGGCGGGGGCUCUGCACGACGGUCCAGCAGCUCAACCACCCGGAGCUGCCGUCGCUGCCGACCACGCUGCCGGCCAACUACGAAAACGACGAAGAGCUCCUUCGCGCUGUGCACCACAUCAUUUUUGGCGCCGAGAUCAUUGAAGGCGAGCUCGUGUGCAACAACUGCGGCCGCAGCUACCCGAUCUCGGGCGGCGUGCCCAACAUGCUUUUGGAGGAAGACGAAAUGUAA